CCCCACUACAGACUCCUCCCCCGCCUGGAAUCCUCGCCUGGAAGAGCUAGGAAUGCCUCCGGCCGCUGCGCGCCUGUAGUCGCCGGCUGGCCGUGUGCAGCGCAGGUUUGCAGCAGGGACACCGUGGGACCCGCCACCCCGGGUUUGCAGCCGAGAUACCGUGGGGCCCGAUUUGCAGCGCGGACACAGUGGACUCUGUGAACCGAGUGGACACGAGACGCUGACGCUGAGGAUGAGCACCGGGGAUCUAGCGCUGCGCUGGGCCAUCGCCCUGCUCCUGGCUGCUGCUGGGGCUGCAGCCGAAGACAGAUGCAGCAGGAACGAAUUCCAGUGCACAGAUGGGAGGUGCAUCUCCAGCAAGUGGGUCUGUGACGGUACCCCGGAAUGCGCGGACGGGUCUGACGAGUCCUCAGAGACCUGCAUGUCUGUCACCUGUAAAUCCAAGGAAUUCAGCUGUGGGGGCCUUGUCAGUCGCUGCAUUCCUGACUCCUGGCGUUGUGAUGGACAGACAGACUGUGAGAACGGCUCAGACGAGCAAGGCUGUGCCCCCAAGACGUGCUCCCCGGAUGAGUUCCGCUGCCAGGACGGCAAGUGCAUCUCCCAGAAGUUUGUGUGUGACCAGGACCGAGAUUGCCUGGAUGGCUCUGACGAGGCCCACUGCCAGGCCACCACCUGCGGCCCCGCCCAUUUCCGCUGCAACUCCUCCAGCUGUAUCCCCAGCCUGUGGGCCUGCGACGGGGAUGACGACUGUGAGGACGGCUCCGACGAGUGGCCCCAGAACUGCGGGGGCCGCGACACUGCCUCUGUCCCCAGCAGCGGCCCCUGCUCCUCCCUGGAAUUCCACUGUGGCAGCAGCGAGUGCAUUCAUCGCAGCUGGGUCUGUGACGGCAGUGCGGACUGCAAGGACAAGUCGGACGAGGAACACUGCGUGACACAGUGUGACGGACCCAACAAGUUCAAGUGCCGCAGUGGCGAAUGUAUCUCCUUGGACAAGGUGUGCGACUCCGCCCGGGACUGCCGGGACUGGUCAGAUGAGCCCAUCAAGGAGUGCAGGACCAACGAGUGCUUGGACAACAAUGGUGGCUGCUCCCACGUCUGCAAGGACCUCAAGAUUGGCUACGAGUGCCUGUGUCCCAACGGCUUCCAGCUGGUGGACCAGCACAAAUGUGAAGAUAUUGACGAGUGCCAGGAGCCAGACACCUGCAGCCAGCUCUGCGUCAACCUUGAAGGCAGCUACAAGUGUGAAUGCCGGGCCGGUUUCCACAUGGACCCUCACACCAGCGCCUGCAAGGCCGUGGGCUCCGUAGCGUAUCUCCUCUUCACUAACCGCCAUGAGGUCCGGAAGAUGACCAUUGACCGCAGCGAGUACACCAGCCUGAUCCCCAACCUCAAGAACGUGGUGGCCCUGGACACUGAAGUGGCCAACAAUAGAAUCUAUUGGUCUGACCUGUCCCAAGGAAAGAUCUACAGCGCCCUGAUGGACCGAGCGCCUAACUUGUCCUAUGACACCAUCAUCAGUGGGGACCUGCAGGCCCCGGAUGGGCUGGCUGUAGACUGGAUCCAUGGCAACAUCUACUGGACAGAUUCGGUUCCAGGCAGCGUGUCUGUGGCCGACACCAGGGGUGGAAGGAGGAGAACGCUGUUCCAAGAGAAAGGGUCUAGACCCAGAGACAUUGUGGUGGACCCCGUGCACGGCUUCAUGUACUGGACAGAUUGGGGGACGCCUGCCAAGAUCAAGAAAGGGGGCCUGAAUGGUGUUGACAUCUACUCACUGGUGACUGAGGACAUCCAGUGGCCGAAUGGCAUCACACUAGAUAUUCCCAGUGGCCGCCUCUAUUGGGUCGAUUCCAAACUUCACUCUAUCUCCAGCAUCGAUGUCAAUGGGGGCAAUCGGAAGACCAUUUUGGAGGAUGAGAAGCAGCUUGCCCACCCCUUCUCCUUGGCCAUCUAUGAGGACAAAGUGUUUUGGACGGAUGUCAUGAAUGAAGCCAUUUUCAGUGCUAAUCGCCUCACGGGUUCAGAUGUGAAUUUGGUGGCUGAAAACCUCUUGUCGCCAGAGGACAUUGUCCUGUUCCACAACAUCACACAGCCUAGAGGAGUGAACUGGUGUGAGAGAACGGCCCUCCCCAACGGUGGCUGUGAAUACCUGUGCCUGCCGGCCCCGCAGAUCAACCCCCACUCCCCCAAGUUCACCUGUGCCUGUCCUGAUGGCAUGCUUCUGGCCGACGACAUGAGGAGCUGCCUGCCAGAAGUCACACCUGUCCUGACCACCCAGGGGACAUCCACCAUCAGGUCUGUGGUCACUGGAGCAACCACGAGGUCUCCACAGCACAAGGAGGAUCAGUCGGCUUCCAGCACUUCCAGGGAGCCCAUGGACAUCCCUGGCCUCAUCACGGCUGAGUCGGUGACAAUGUCCCACCAAGUCCAGGGUGGCAGAGGGAGCGAGGAGCAGCCACAGGGAGUGAGUGUCUUGUCCAUCAUCCUCCCCAUUGCACUGGUCAUCCUCCUUGUCUUUGGGGCCAUCCUGCUGUGGAGGAACUGGCGGCUAAGGAGCAUCAACAGCAUAAACUUUGACAACCCAGUGUACCAGAAGACCACAGAGGACGAACUCCACAUUUGCCGAAGCCAGGACGGCUACACUUACCCCUCAAGACAGAUGGUCAGCCUGGAGGAUGAUGUGGCGUGAACAGCUGCUAGAACCAUCUCUUUCCGGGAUCCAUUACCACUCUCAGGCAGGAAGGACACUUUUUCUCCACACCUCCCUGUCCAGGACUGGUCCUGUCACCUCGGUGGCCUCUGUGUUGCUCAAAGCAAGAUAAGAGUAAAACUGGGCUGUGGGCCAAGCUCAGCAGCCUGCCUGCCCCAGGCCCUGUUUUAUAUAUUUAUUAUCUAGGGGCAGAAACGGCUGCUGGCCGUGCUCAGGACAGGAAUUCUGGCUGGGAUUUUUCCACCCAUCUUUCUUUCCUUGGAAGGCAAAGAGGCGACCCCAGAAGCUUCUUCAUCCCCUGCUUUCCACUCACAGGAAGGAGGAAGGGACCCAGGUGGAGAGGCCCUUUGUUCUGAACAUUCCCCGAGCGGCAGGUGCUUGUGACAGGGUCCCAGGUACCCCGGCCAAUCCCUAAACUCAGGACUCUCUGCAUUUACCUCCACUCUGCAUGCCUUAGCCGCCCUCCAGGACGCCUCGGCUCUGCCGCCCCAUCAGGCCUUCCAAGCUGGUGUGGGCCCUGCAGAAGCCAGGAAGUGACUUGUGGCACUCAGGCACUGAUCUUGGGGCCAGCAGCACCAGUGACUGAUUCCUGCCCGUGCCUCCGCUGAGACCUCAUCCGUUCCUGGAGGAACAAGCCUGCGCCGCCAUGCCCUCUUCAUGUCUAUGAAGUGCCUGAGACUUCCAGUUGCCUUGCUCAGGAGCUGAGGCUGUGUGUGCUGUCCGGGCCUCCUGCUGCUCUGGCGUGGCUGUCAGGACCUCAGUCCCGCACGCAGCCCCACGCAGCCUGGUUGUUCGCAUGGGACCUGCGCUUCAUUUCCUCACUUUCCCAGUUCAGGGUUGGGCACCCGUGUGCUCCCCACCUGCACCCUGAGGUUGCACUGUUUGGUGGUGUGCUGUGCCGGAGCUCUGGGCCAGCAGCGGCCCCAUGUCACUGGCCACAGAAGGCGAUGCCCAGGGAGGAAGGAAGACAUCAGACUGAUCAGGAUCCAAGUAUCCGCAAGAUCUGCUCUCUUCAGUGCUGGGAUGGAAAGCCAGAGCCUCUUUGGCUUCUAUUUUAUUUUAUUUUCUACUGUAUAUCUUACACUUUAGCCCCCUUCCUGAUAGCUUCUGAUUCUGUGUCAGCACCUGGAGCAGUCUGGCUGUUCAGCUCCUCUCAGGCCAACAGAGACUUCCCUGCUCAGCUGGGCUUUGGUGUACACCUGUCAACCCAGCAGGAGAGCCUGAGGCAAGUGGGGUGCCAGGAACUGGCGGUCAGCCUGGGCUACACAGUAGAACACUGCCUCAGCAAGGAAAAAGGGAAGGAAGAAAGGCAAGAAACCUGCAGGAUUUUUCAUCCCGUAAUCAGCCAGGCGUGGUGGGGCACACCUUUAAUCCCAGCACUAAAGAAGAGGAGGCAGGCUCAUCUCUGAGUUCCAGGCCAGCUAGGGAUACACAGUGAGACUAUAUCUGAAAACCAAAAGAAAUCCCAUAAUCAGGUCAUUUGGGGGAAUUUAGAAGAAGACUAAGAAAUCACCACAAACUUGCCACACUGGAAACUCAGGAUGACCGUGGCCGUCCUUGGAUUCCUGCACACACCCAGCUGAAGGGCCCCACUGUCGGGACAGGAGGCGCGCACUGUAAGGAGCUCUGAGCCAGCGCACCUGGCUGUCUUCAUUCUGUGUGUUUGUUCGAGGUUAUCACACUAUCUAUUAAAUCUAUUUAUUUUUACACACCCUGAUUGCUGCACUUGUUGGUGACGUUUCUCCAGGUUGACUGGCUGAAACCGGGAUGCUGUGUACGAAGACUGUUUGAAUGGACUGUUGCCUUGAGGCAUGGGAACGGAUUUGAACCCGUUGUUUAGGGUUUACAUGGACUGAAAGUGUCUUACUAUGAUGGAUUAAAUUCCUCUUGAAAACCUUG